GAAAACAUAUGUUUUGGGAAAUGUGAAAAUAAGGAUUUUUAAUGCCAAUUCAGCCCAUUAUUAUUGGAUUAAUAAAUUAAUUUUUACUUGCUCUUUUUCCGUAGAUUUUUUACAAUGUUACCAAUAAGAAGUUGUUCAUUAAUUUUUCGACGAAAUAUUUGGAAAUUUAAAAGAUAUCAACCACCAUUAGUUGCACCAGAAAAUUUGGAAUCACCGUAUAUUGUUGGUCCAUAUAUUCGUGAUAGAUUACCAGAACAAACUAUAUUUGAACCAAGAGUACGUUAUGAUGAUGUUUAUGAAUUUGUUAAGCAAACAGAUGACGAUCCUGUUCCUCCAAUGAAAGUUUUACUUCUUGAAAAUGUACCCAAUUUAGGAGUUGCUGGUGAAAUAUUAGAAGUUCCUGGGGAAAUUGCAAGAUACAAAUUGAUUCCUAGUCAACAAGCAACUUAUGCUUCCGAUUUAAAUAUUAAACUUUAUAGUGAUCUUAUACAGAAAUGUUUAAAUAAUCCUGAUGCUCCUUCAUCCCGUUUAUCAAUUGUUACAACUGAAAAACUUAAAUCACAAUUUAUUCUGGUAACUAUGAGUUCUGAUACAUCUUGGACAAUUGAACCAUGGCAUAUUCGUGUUGCUUGUAGAAGAAUUGGUUUGGUUGUUCCUGAAUAUGCAAUUAAAUUACCUGAUAAACCAAUAAGUGGACCAAAUUUAGAUUAUGAAAUGAAAGAUUUUGUUAUACAAAUUACUGUUAACAAGAAUCCAAGGGAAACUGUUAAUGUUAGAUGUGUUGUUCAUCAUGUUAAAGAAAAACUAUUGACUGAAUGGCAUAGACGAGUACCAAGAACUGCAAUAAUACCUGAACAACAAACAUUACUCGAUAGUAUGCCUAAAUUUGAACCAUAUUAUGAUGAUGAUGAAGAUAAAGCUACAUUUGAAUGAUUCGAGCAUAAGAUUAAUUCUUCUCACAACUCUCAAAUCAUAGUAUGUAAUUCGAUCUGUAAAAUAAUCAUAUGUAAAUAAUGUAUUGGAAGAUCAAACCUAAAAUUUUGCUAGUUAAUCUAACAGUUAAAAAUAUAAAAAUUUCAAGUUUACAUAAUUAA